AUGGAUGUAGUCAAUAGACUGAGAAAAUGUGGUGAAACCAUGCCAGACAGGAGGAUAAUUGAGAAGAUAUUGAUUAGUUUGACUCCUAAAUAUUAUAAUAUCGUUACAACUGUUGAGGAAACAAAGGAUCUAGAUGCAAUCACUGUUAGUGAUCUGAUUGGAUCACUGGAGGCUCAUGAAACUCAUGUUAAAAUUGAAGGGUUGAAUCUUGAGAUAGCUGAAAGUGCCUAUCAGAUGAAGUUGAAUCAAGAUUUACAAAAGAAGGGUAGUGGUAGACCCCAGUGCAAUUUUUGCAAGCGAGAAGGACAUUUGGAGGAGUCUUGUUGGAAUAAAACCAAGCCUCAAUGCAGUUUUUGUAAAAAAGAAGGCAAUGUUGAAGAACACUGCUUGAAUAAAGGAAAACCACUUUGCAGGAAUUGUGGAAAGUAUGGUCAUAUCCAGAAGGAAUGCAAGAUGAAAGAAAAGCAACAUGCAAAAUUGGCUCAGGAAAGUGAGGAUGAGGAUGAUGAAUUUCUAUUCAUAGUCUGUUAUCAGAAUGAGGUCAAGAAUUCUGCUUGGUUUCUUGACUCAGGUGCCAGUAAUCAUAUGACAGCUCAUGUGCAGCUGUUUAAGACUCUUGAUAGGUCUAUCACAACAAAUGUUAUAUUGGGAAAUGGAGAGUGA